AUGAGAGUGAAGCUGUCACGUGAGCCAGAGGAGAAGGUGGCAUUGGAGUCCGAGGUAGGAGCCAUGCCGGAGAAGCCCACAGGCACGCAGGCCCUGGGCAGCAGUUGGCUACAAGGCUUUCACCUACCAAGUGUAUAUCAUGCUGCUAUUUUCAUCUUCCUUGAAUUCUUCUCCUGGGGCCUGUUGACCACUCCAGUGUUGACUGUUCUACUUGAAACAUUUCCUCAACACACAUUACUUAUGAAUGGUCUCAUUCAAGGUGUGCAGAGCCUGCUCUCUUUUCCGAGUGCCCGGCUCAUAGGUGCUCUGUCUGACGUUUGGGGGAGGAAGCCCUUUCUCCUUUUCACUGUCUUCUUUACCUGCUUCCCAAUCCCACUGAUGAGGAUCAGCCCAUGCCAGGCAUUGUGGCAGGCGCCUGUACUCCCAGAUAUGUAA